CCUGCAGGAUCCUGUUCUCUUUAGAGGUCUACGCUACCAUCUGGCUGCUUGCCAGGCCCCAUGGCUACAGGAGGUCAUGCCCCUGACAUAGAUGUGUUGAUCAACCUACAGCAGGUAAGGGUGGAAGAGGAAGACGAGGAUGGAUGUGUGGAGGAACAGGAGGAAGAAGAGGAGGAAGAGAGCUGGGAGAAAGCCCUGUCUGUGGAGCGCUUCGCCGACAUCAUCAGCGACUCCGCUUCAACCAGUGGAGACAGGAUGGGCCGACACUACACUGAGAAAGACUUUGAGUAUCACAGACACACGUUUCACCACAUGCACCACCCUUUGUCCACCCACCUGCCUGCGCCCCAGCGUUUACGGAAGAGGGUGCACAGCAUGGAGAAGAGGCGCAAAAAGAAGCGGAGGAAAAAAAAGACCUCACUGCCGCCCUCUGAUGUUACACCCACCAUACACGAGGUAGACGAGGAAGAGGCGGAGUCUGAGACCGAAGGGCAAGGGGCGGCCGCCACUCCAACGGAGCCGCCUGAAAUCCAGCCACAGUUUAGUUUGGGGACCCAAGAGGACUUGGAGGAACCCCUUCACCACACUACCGUCCACACGGAAAACGAAGAACAACCUUUGUCGAGGAAAACCGCACUGACUCUGAUAAAGGGAGCGGCUCAUAACGGGGGCGUUGCUGUUACUGGACAGAAUGAUGAGCUGGAUGCAGAAGAAGCAGCAAGCAGCAGUGUUCCCUCAGAAUCAGAUCCCCCAAGUUCAUCCACACCCCACGGCUGGUUCCGGAGGAAGCCCGUCCACCAUCGUCUGCCGGGCGCCCAGCGAAGCAACUAUGACCUGCGGGAGCGGAUCUGCAUUGGCAGCAUGACCGCUCUGGAGACCGCCGUCUACCAGCAGGUGCCCACUGACGAGGCUGAGGCCCAGAUGUUGGUCAGCGCUGAUCUGGAUGACAUGAAAAGUCACAGAUUCGAGGAUAACCCCGGGGUGCGUCGGCACCUGGUGAAGAAGUCGUCCCGAUGUCACGUGAGCCGAACCAGCAACAGUUCUACGCCUCUAUCCAGCCUGAAGAAGAAGAAGAGGGCUGCAGAAAAGAAAACUCAUGAGUUGUUUGUGGAGCUAAAUGAGCUGAUUGUGGAGAAGGACCAUGAAAUGCGUUGGAAGGAGCGCGCUCGCUGGAUCAAGUUUGAGGAGGAUGUGGAUGAAGAGACGGACCGCUGGGGGAAACCUCAUGUGGCCUCACUGUCUUUCCGCAGCUUGCUGGAGCUUCGCCGCACCAUCACACAUGGUGCCAUCCUUUUGGACCUCGAACAGACCUCUCUGCCCGGCAUCGCCCACCUGGUGGUAGAGACAAUGAUCAUCUCCGAUCAGAUCAGAGCAGAGGACCGGCCCAGCGUUCUUCGGGCUCUGCUUCUCAAACAUAGCCAUCUAAGCGAUCAUAAACAUCGUUUUCACCGCCACCACUCAUCCGGCAGUCUUCAAGGCAGCUUCAAUCACAACCACGUCAACGACACCAAUCAGCCAUUGGUGGCUGAAGAACACGAUGAGCACCAGGAGCACAAAGGGCCGGUGUACGAUCCCAAACAAGACGUGUUUGUUAGCCUGUUUAAAUCUCUCCACCCUCUGCCAGAGGCUCAUCCAGCGACAGCCAGAUCUAUGAAACUCCUCGCCAAGAUUCCCAAAGACGCUGAGGCUGUCAUUGUUUUAGUUGGCUGUGUUGAAUUUCUGGAGCAGCCGGCCAUGGCCUUUGUCAGGCUGAAUGACGCAGUCCUUCUAGAGUCGGUCCUUGAGGUUCCCGUCCCUGUUCGAUUUCUUUUUGUCCUUCUUGGCCCCAGUCAGUCCAACGUGGACUAUCAUGAGAUUGGACGCUCCUUCUCCACUCUCAUGUCAGACAAGAACUUUCAUGAGGUGGCCUACUUUGCUGAUGACAGACAAGACCUCCUGAAUGGCAUCAAUGAAUUCCUGGACUACAGUAUCGUCAUUCCACCAUCAGACGUGGAGGGCAAAGACCUCUUGAAGACAGUGGCGGACUUCCAGAAGCAGAUGCUGCGCAAGAGAAAGGAAAGAGAACUAAAGAAGAACCAUUCCUUAACUGGAAUGGAGUUAGAAAACAAAGAAUUGAGUCCAGAGGAGGAAGAGGAGGGAGACCAGGAGGUGGACCCAUUACAGCGCUCAGGGAUCCCAUUCGGAGGUUUGAUCCACGACAUCCGCAGGCGUUACCCGCAGUAUGUCAGCGACUUAAAAGAUGCCCUGGACAUGCAGUGCAUUGCUGCCGUCAUCUUCAUCUAUUUUGCCGCACUGUCACCCACUAUUACCUUUGGAGGCCUGCUGGGAGAGAAAACAGAGGGCAUGAUGGGAGUGACUGAACUCAUUGUUUCCACUGCAACUAUUGGAGUUAUAUUCUCACUCUUUGCUGGACAACCCCUUCUCAUAACUGGCUUCUCUGGACCCUUACUGGUGUUUGAAGAAGCCUUCUAUAAGUUCUGCCAGGCCUACAACUUUGAGUACCUGACUGGUCGGGUGUGGAUUGGCUUCUGGCUCAUCAUCAUCGUCGUGCUAAUUGUGGCAGCGGAGGGUAGCUUCCUUGUUCGCUACAUCUCACCCUUUACCCAGGAGAUUUUUGCUUUCCUCAUCUCCCUCAUCUUCAUCUACGAGACUUUCUCUAAACUCAUCAAGGUUUUUAAGGAACAUCCACUGAUGGCAGUGUACCCCACUGACACCAGUGGGUUUCACAACAUAGAUGACCCCGUGCACAACCAGCCUAACACUGCUCUUCUGUCUCUGGUGCUCAUGAUGGGCACUUUCUUUGUUGCAUUCUUUCUCAGGAAGUUCAGAAACAGUCGGUUUUUAGGUGGCAAGGCCAGGAGGAUUAUCGGUGACUUUGGCAUCCCAAUCUCAAUCUUAGUUUCAGUGUUGGUGGAUUAUGCCAUUACUGACACUUAUACACAGAAACUCAACGUGCCGUCAGGUUUUUCAGUCACAUCUCCCGAGAAAAGAGGCUGGUUUAUCAGCCCCUUCGGUGACAAGCAUCCAUUUCCAACUUGGAUGAUGGGAGCGUCUGUUGUUCCUGCUCUUCUUGUCUUCAUUCUUAUUUUCAUGGAAACUCAAAUUACUUCACUGAUAGUCAGUAAGAAGGAGCGUCGACUGGUUAAAGGCUCAGGCUUCCACCUGGAUCUCCUGCUCAUUGUCAUCCUGGGUGCCCUCUGCCCUCUUUUUGGUUUGCCGUGGCUCACUGCAGCCACUGUGCGCUCUGUCACUCAUGUUAAUGCGCUUACAGUGAUGAGCAAGGCCACGGCUCCUGGAGAAAAGCCCAUGAUCCAGGAGGUGAAAGAGCAGAGGCUCACCGGACUUCUUGUGGCUGUGCUUGUAGGUAUGUCCAUAGUGAUGACAGAUAUUCUCCGCCUCAUCCCUCUGGCUGUCCUCUUUGGCAUCUUCCUGUACAUGGGGGUCACCUCUCUGACGGGCAUCCAGCUGUAUGAACGUAUAACUCUUAUGGUCACGCCUGCCAAGCACCACCCUGACCACAUCUACGUCACCAAGGUGAAGACAUGGCGCAUGAACAUGUUCACCAUCAUCCAGCUGGGGUGCAUCGUGGCUCUGUGGGUCGUGAAGUCUACCGCGGCCUCCCUGGCGUUCCCCUUCGUCCUCAUCAUGACGGUGCCGCUGCGACGCCUCAUCCUCUCCAGGAUCUUCGAGGAACGUGAGCUCCAGGCGCUGGAUUGUGAUGAAGAUUCGCCCAACUUCGCUGAAGAUGGACGAGAUGAGUACAAUGAGAUCCACAUGCUUGUAUAAACUUAAACUGGACCCGGCCAAUAGGACCACCUCCACCCUUCAGGUCUGACCAAUCAGAGGAAGCAAAUCUCCCUGGAAACCUCAUUGUCUCUGGGUAUCAGGAGGAGCUUGUGUAAUGGUGUUUGUAAAAUAUGCAGAAUCUAUAGCUGGAUAUGCACUUUUUACCUUUGAUUAAUCCUUUUUUUUGUUUGUUUUGUUUAAAAAAAAAAAAAAAAAGCACACCUUUGUGGUGGUGUUGAUGUCUUAACCUCCCUGAAGAUAUUCUGGCAGAAAAUAGCUCUGAAUGCAUACCUGAAGUGGACAACACAAAUCUAGCAACAUGUAUAACUUACAUGGACUCUUUUUACUGAUGUUUCCCUUUAAUUAGUUUGCAGGUUCUGGGCAUAAGUGCAAUGAUAAUGGGGACCUUUAAGAAUGCAUCACGCUCAUUUUGGCACUGAACCGUGAGGAAGGAUAAAUUUGCUUUAGCUGGUGGAGGAUUUCAGUCAAAAUUAAUAAUUUUUCAGAUGAACUUUCUCUCAGUGUAAAGCCUUCAGUGGGUUUUACUGCCUCUGUUGGAAAGCCACCUUUUUCCUUUGUACCCCUGCCUUUGUCUAUAUGUCGCAGUGGUGUGCAAACAAGGAGUUAAGUCAGUCCUUUUUCUUUCUGUACAGACUUGUAGAAAUGAGCCACUUUGACUGGGCAAAAGUUCAUGUUUGUCUCUGCCAGCCCAGCUCCCUGGCACAAAUCCUCAUCUUUAAAUGUAGUUGCCUCUUGAAGCCAAAACCCCCUAGAGACUGUGCCUCUUCAUGGGCUGCCACUGUACUUUUUUAAGGUGUUUAAUGCCCUACAUACCAGUCCACUGAUCCCAUUAUUAUGACCUUGGAUGUAUAAGUAAAUAGCUAACAUGGUCUAAACCUAUUUUUCUACUUUGUUGUAUCUAUUUUAUUUUGUGAGCUUUUGGACUUAACACCAUACCAUAUUCUUAGUGGUAUUUAGACUUCAGAUAGCUUAAGCUACUGUUAGAGCUAGUGUAAAAAAUAAAGAUCAUUGUGUAGAGUGACACAUUAAAAACAGAAAAAUGUGUCUUUAUCUAAAGUAUCCGUCAGUUGUUUCAUCUUCUUUGUGAGAUUUGGUGUAUUUUUUUAGAGAUCUCAUGAGUAACACAUUUGACUGGAAAAUAAAAACUAAACAAACACAGAAGUACUGAAAA